AGAGUAGAAUUCUUUUGCCAGUACAGUUUACAGCUUUACGUGUACGCGUUCAAUUGACAAGCUCGUGAUGAUUGUAAUGCGUUAAAAAUACAGGAUUCUGGCGCCAAUCUCGCUAUUCUCCAGUACAUCGGUAUUUCCGUCGUUUUUGAGAGAGAAAAAACGUCAAAAUGCCGGCGUUUUUAAAGCAUAUAGAGGUUGAAAAUUUCAAGUCCUACAAAGGCAAAUUGGUUAUUGGGCCGCUCAAAUCUUUUACGGCAGUUGUCGGACCAAAUGGAUCAGGAAAAUCAAAUUUCAUGGAUGCCAUCAGUUUUGUUAUGGGUGAAAAGACAAGUAGUUUGCGCGUCAAGAGAUUCAGCGAACUAAUCCAUGGAGCAUCGAUCGGAAAGCCUGUUGCUCGCAAUGCAUCUGUCACGGCUGUCUUCGAACUCGAGGAUGGUAGCGAAAAAAGUUUUAUGCGAACUGUUCAAGGCUCUUCGUCAGAGCAUCGUAUCAAUGGCAAUUUCGUCACUAGCCAAGUAUAUUUAACGGAAUUAGAACAACUUGGAAUCAAUGUGAAAGCCAAGAAUUUUCUCGUAUUCCAAGGUGCUGUAGAAUCCAUUGCUAUGAAAAAUCCUAAAGAAAGGACUGCUCUUUUUGAAGAAAUUAGUAAUUCUGGAGCAUUGAAAGCUGAAUACGAAAGACUAAGAACAGAAAUGUUACGAGCGGAAGAAGAAACUCAAUUUUCAUAUCAGAAGAAAAAAGGUAUAGCGGCGGAAAGGAAAGAAGCGAAGCUAGAGAAAGAAGAAGCAGAAAAGUAUCAACGUCUCAAAGAAGAAUAUGUAGAGAAGCAAGUGGAACUGCAAUUGUUCCGUUUGUUCCACAACGAAAAAGAGAUAGAGAAUUUGGAGAACUCCCAGAAGAAAAAACAGCAUGAAGUGGAAAAAGUUGAGAAAAAGAAAGAAAAAGCAGAAGAAUUAUUAAAGGAAAAGAAAAAAGAAGCGGGUAAAUUGUCCCGAGAACUGGCGAAAAUCGAGCAAGAUAUAAGGGAAGUGGAGGUUGAAAUAACGAAAAAACGCCCAACCUUCAUCAAGGCUAAGGAGCGCGUUGCUCAUAUGCAAAAAAAAGUCGAAUCCGCGAAAAAAUCACUCGCCCAAGCUAAAAUUGCCGAUGAAGCGCACAAAAAAGAUAUCAAUGAGUUGCAGGAAGAAUUGCGUCAGGUUGAGGAGGCAAAAGCCAAGUAUGAAGCGAGCAUUGCUGGUCAAUCGCAAAUGCAAGGGCGGGAUGUUCAAUUGGAAGAUGAGCAGGUCCGUGAAUACAAUCGUUUGAAAGAAGAAGCUGGUAAGCAAUCGGCCCGGUAUCUUCAGCUCCUCGAUUCCAUUAAUCGGGAACAAAAAUCCGAUCAAGACAGAUUGGAUAACGAGGGCCGAAAAAAGACCGAUAUCGAAAAUAAAUACAAGCAAAAAAGUCAUAUGAGAGACGAAGCGGUCAAGCGGGUUGAAAAAUUAGAAGAGCACAUACGAACCUCGGAAGCAGCGUUGGAAGACCAGAAAAAAUUGAGAGCUGAUUUGCAAUCCGACGUUGGUUCUUCGAAAGAUAAAAUCCAAAGUAUUCAACGAGAAUUGGAAAAUAUUUCUGAACAACUGGGAGAUGCCAAGGUCGAUAAACACGAAGUUUCCAGAACCAAAAAGAAAACUGAAAUUGUAGAAAAUUUUAAACGACUUUUCCCCGGUGUGUACGAUAGGAUGUACAACAUGUGCGAGCCGAUACACAAACGCUACAACGUCGCAAUUACAAAAGUUUUGGGCAAAUAUAUGGAAGCGAUCGUCGUUGAUACUGAAAAAACUGCGAGGCAAUGUAUCCAAUAUUUGAAAGAGCAAUAUCUCGAGCCCGAAACAUUUUUACCCCUCGAUUAUAUUCAAGCGAAACCUCUCAAGGAACGUCUCAGAAAUAUCCAAGAACCGAAAAACGUCAAAUUGCUCUAUGACGUUUUGCACUUUUCGCCGAAAGAUAUCGACCGUGCAGUUCUAUUUGCAACGAAUAACGCACUCGUUUGUGAAACUCCUGAAGAUGCGAACAAAGUUGCUUACGAAAUGGACAAAAAAGCUCGUUACGACUGCGUUGCCCUCGAUGGAACUUUUUAUCAAAAAGCCGGUAUAAUAUCCGGUGGAAGUUUAGAUCUCGCCAAAAAGGCGAAACGAUGGGACGAAAAACAAAUGUCUCAGCUUAAAUCGCAAAAGGAAAAAUUGACCGAAGAGCUGCGGGAGUCUUUGAAGAAAUCUCGUAAGGAAUCCGAAUUGAAUACGAUUGAGUCGCAAAUUCGCGGUCUCGAAACCCGCUUGAAGUACAAUAAGAGUGAUUUAGUGGCAACUAAAAAACAAAUCGCUGAGCUGGAGACUGAGCUGGAAACUCUUCAAACGGAGCUCGAUAAAUUCGGGCCAACUAUCGCAGCCAUUGAAAAGACUAUGGCUGAUCGGGACCAGGAGAUCCAAAACAGCAAAGAAAAAAUGAAUAAUGUUGAGGACGACGUGUUCGCUAGUUUCUGUGAACAAAUUGGCGUCACAAAUAUUCGUCAAUACGAAGAACGUGAAUUGAGAUCGCAACAAGAGCGUGCCAAAAAGCGUUUGGAGUUUGAAAACCAAUGUAAUCGUAUUUACAAUCAACUAGAUUUUGAGAAACAGCGAGACACCGAAAGCAACGUUUUACGGUGGGAGCGAGCUGUUCAGGACGCCGAGGACAAGCUCGAAUCGGCACGACAAACGGAAAUAAAUCAGAAAACCGAGAUCGACAACGACGAAACUCAAAUGGAGAAAUUAAAGUCUACGAGAAGCGCCAAGAAAAUGGAAGUCGAUCAGAAGGACGAAGAAAUCGGAAAAUGUCGACGAGAAGUCGGUUCGAUAGCGAAGGAUAUUCAAGCUGCGCAAAAACAGUUGAACACGAUUGAAACGAAAAUCGAACAGCGAAAAGCUGAGAGACACGCCAUCCUUAUGCAAUGCAAAAUGGAAGAUAUUGCGAUUCCUAUGCUUCACGGAAAUAUGGAAGACAUAGCAGGGGACGCAAGCACGACGAAUAACGACACGAACAAUGAUUCGAGUGUGAGCACUCAGCAGCAGUACGAACGAGAAAGUCGAAUAACGAUAGACUACACUUUGCUGCCGGAUCAUUUGAAAGACGUUGAGGAAGAGGAUUUGAAAAAGUCAACCGAUAAACUAAACAAAAUAAUAAACGAUCUCCAGAAUACAAUCCAACGUAUCCAAGCACCAAACAUGAAGGCUAUUCAAAAAUUGUACUUGGCCAAGGAAAAGUUGCAAGAAACGAACGAGGAGUUUGAGCAAUCAAGGAAGAAGGCUAAGAAAGCUAAAACACAGUUCGAAAAAGUGAAGAAAGAACGACACGACAAAUUCAUGGCUUGUUUCGAGCACGUGGCGAAUGAAAUCGAUCCAAUUUACAAGAGUUUGGCAAAAAAUCAAUCAGCCCAGGCAUUUUUGGGACCGGAAAAUCCCGAAGAGCCGUAUCUCGAUGGUAUCAAUUACAAUUGCGUCGCACCAGGGAAACGUUUUCAGCCGAUGUCUAAUCUCUCCGGAGGAGAAAAAACGGUCGCUGCUCUGGCUCUUUUGUUCGCUAUUCACAGUUUUCAACCAGCACCGUUUUUCGUCCUCGAUGAAAUCGACGCAGCUCUCGAUAACACAAAUAUCAGUAAAGUAGCUAGUUAUAUACGAGACAAGACGAGUUCACUUCAAACGAUUGUUAUUUCGUUGAAAGAAGAAUUUUACUCGCACGCGGAUGCACUCAUUGGCAUUUGUCCGGAUGUUGGAGGAUGUCUCGAGAGCAAAGUAUUGACUCUCGACUUGACAACGUAUCCUACGAAUAUAUAAAAUUAUGCAGUCCAUUUUAUCUCUCCAUUAUUUUAUUUCAAUCAUUUUCAUCGUAUUUUUAUACACAUAUAUAUAUAUAUGAUUACUAUCAUGCUAAAUAUUAUUUAGUUCGCAAACUCUUUUUUCUAAUGCGUAAAUGAACGAAAGGUCAAAUAACUGUUCGGGAAUAAUUGUGAAUUAACUAAAACCGACAAACAUUUGUUGCUAUCAAGGAAAACACUAUUUUAUGGCAGAUUUACGUCCUAAAUUAACAUUUUUUUACGUUAUUAAACACAUUGUUUCCCCCGAGUUAAAAAUAAUGUAAGAUAUAUCACGAUUCGUGCUUUGAGACAAAUCUUAUUCACUUUUUUUGGUCCUUGUACCACGACGAUAAAAUGUAAAUGAUGUAAAUAUAUCAAAAACAUGGACGUACGGUCAGACCAAUAAAAUACAUUUAUUAACA